CGCAGGGUACUCGUUUGGUAGUUUUUGUUUUUCUUUUUACAGUAAAUACAAUUCGCAAGAACAGUCAAGUGGUGUACAUAUAGAGUAUGAAAACAAAGUGAAACUUUCAGGUGUCUACAUAAGUCUUCGACAGCUGCACUAUUAACUCACGAAGUACACGCGAGUCAGUUUUUCGUUUUGAUAGCAGUAAAACAAAUAACAUUUAAUUUAAUUUUCUUUUUUUUUUUUUUUUUUUUUUUUUUCAAAACAAGAUAAGGAGUACAAACACUGCUGGUACAUGACUUCCACCACAACCAGAUCGGGUGACAGCAAACUCACUAGACGAGCAAUUGGUUGCUCCCGGUACAGUGACAUUUAGUCAGGGGAUCUGAUCUAUUUGGACAAAAAUGGCAUCCUUAAACUUGGUGACAUUACUGUGUUUUGGCAUUGUUAUUGUGGUUAAUUCUUACCCGUCGUUCAACAGAUAUGAAAAUCAUUGGACAAAGCUAAUUUUGACCCACCACUGGCCUAAGACUGUGUGUACGAUGGAAGAAGUUAGUUGCCAAACUGCAGAUAAGUUUAACUACUGGACUGUGCAUGGGCUCUGGCCUGAUAAAGGACAAAAUUGCAAUAUGUCCUGGCACUUCGAUGUGAAUGACAUAAAGGAUCUGUUACCUGAAAUGGAAAUCUGGUGGCCUGAUGUGUUGCAUCCAGGAACUAAUGAGUUCUGGAAGCAUGAAUGGGAAAAGCAUGGGACCUGUGCAGCUGUCGCAGAAUCAUUAAACUCUGAGAAUAAAUACUUCGCUAAAGCACUGGACCUUUACAAAAAAGUAGACCUUGAUAGUAUUCUUAAGAAGUUUAACAUUGUGCCAUCUUCAAAAUACUACAGUCUGGACAAUAUCAGCAGUGUUAUUACCAGUUUUUAUAAAGUAAAACCAAAGAUCCAGUGUGUUUCUCCUUCACAGGGAGAGGCAGUACAAACUCUGGGUCAAAUUGAAAUCUGCUUUGACAAAGAAUAUCAACUGAUGGACUGUGUGGAAUACGAAGAAGAGCUGCCGAGCAGUAUUGAUGACCUCUUUGUCUUUGAAUUUGCUCAGCACUCAGAGUUUUCUGUCUGUGAUGAGUCGAUGCCGAUAUACUAUCCUCCAGCACACGAGGAAUACUAGCAGCUGUUGUAGGCACUAUGGAGCAGAGCUGUUAUUUUGCUUAAAAAAUGUUUUAACUGCAGGAACAUUUUAGCAUGGUACCGUCCCCAUACAAAUUAGUAAGACAUCCUGGCUGCAGAUUUUAUAUGUGUGUGUGUGUGUGUGUGUGUGUGUGUGUGUGUGUGUGUGUGUGUGUGUGUGC